AUGAAGGUUCAGUUUGCCCCUCUCGACGUCCCCUUGAAAAGGAGGUUGCAGACGGCUGCCGUUCUCCAGUGGGUCUUCUCCUUCCUUUGUCUGGCCCAGUGCUGCAUUGCACUGUUCUUCCUCCUCCUGUUUACACGGUUUUGGCUAAUCAGCGUGCUGUAUGCCACCUGGUGGUUUUUUGAUUGGGAGACACCAUCACGAGGGGGCAGGAAGGUACCUUUCUUGUGCCGUCUGUCUGUCUGGAAGUAUAUGAGGGACUACUUUCCCAUUCAGCUGGUGAAGACUGCCGACCUGGACCCCAGAAACAACUACAUCCUGGGCUUUCAUCCUCAUGGAGUCCUAGUAGCUGGAGCCUUCACUAACUUCUGCACUGAGGCCACAGGCUUCAGUAAGCUGUUCCCCGGGCUUAAGAGCCACUUGUUGAUGCUUCCAUUAUGGUUCAGAGCCCCCUUCUUCAGGGACUACAUCAUGUGUGCCGGACUGAUCCCAUCAGACAAAGAGAGUGCCAGCUACAUGCUCACUAAGGAAAGGGGAGGGACAGCUGUUGUCAUAGCGGUGGGCGGAGCCCCUGAGGCUUUGGACGCCCGUCCAGGUGCCUACACCGUCCUGCUGGCCAGUAAAAAGGGUUUCAUCAAGCUAGCAAUGGAACAUGGAGCCCAUCUUGUACCAGUUUUCUCUUUUGGGGAAAAUGAAGUUUUUGACCAGGUGGACAAUCCCCGUGGCACCUGGCUACGAUGGUUGCAGGACAAAAUGCAAAAGAUCAUGGGCAUUUCCCUGCCUCUUUUCCACGCACGAGGAGUUUUUCAGUAUAGUUUUGGCCUUAUGCCAUACAGAAAACCCAUCUAUACUGUUGUGGGUAAGCCAAUCAGAGUGGAGAAAAAUGAGAAGCCUACAGCUGAAGAGCUGGACGAACUCCAUCAACGCUACAUGGAUGAACUCAGCCAGUUGUUUGAAGAACAUAAGAGCAAGUAUGGAGUUCCUGAAAAUGCACAUCUGAGCUUCGUCUAG